GGCCCUAUUUAUAACCCCCCCUAAGCCGGGGCACAGGAGGCAGCUCCCCCAGCCCUCUUGGGGUGCCCCCCAUGGCCCAGGAAACCUUCGCCUUCAGCUCCUCCGCCCUGCGCUCGCUGCGGCUCCAGCAGGAGCUGCUGGAGCAGGAGGAUCGCCGGCGAGCCCUGGCUCGGGAAUCGGCCACACGACGGUUCUUAUCGGGGAGUCCCCGACCCCCCCUGACCCCCUCCCGGCGCCCCCAGUACUGCCGGGACCCCGCCGUCCACAACGCCCUCUACACCGGGGACCUCCCGCGCGUCAAGAGCAUCUUUAAGGAUGAGACCACCGCAAACAUGAUCAUGGAGACGGUCAGCGAGGAGCUGGUGUGGUCGCCCGAGCAGGGGCUGUGGGUGCUGAGCCCCCGCCGCCAGCAGACCUCAGCCCUGCGCAUCGCCGCCGCCCGGGGCUACAGCGACUGCGCCCGCCACCUGCUGCUGCGGGGGGCAGCGGUGGACGCAGUGGUGGGGGGUCGGGCCCCCCUACACGACAGCGUGGCCGCCCCCCUGCUGGCCUUCGGGGCGGACCCCAACCUGCUCAGCGCCGAGGGCUCGGCCCCCCUGCACCUCUGCACAGCGCCCGACAGCCUCCCGUAGGCCACGCCCCCUUCUGGGCCACACCCCCGAUUGCCACGCCCCCUAAGGCCACGCCCAACCGGCCACGCCCACCCUCAUCUGCAUAUAAUGCUCCACCCCAUUGCACACCCCACCCGUGCUCCACCCAAUGGCCUAAAGGGCCCUGGGCAAGGGUGGGGCUCAUCUGCAUGCUGGGCUCCACCCACCUAAUCUGCAUAUCUGGCCCCUCCCACCUGUUCUGCAUAGCAUGCUCUGCCCACUCAGCCUGUG